UCCUUCCGUGGGCCAUCAUUAUGCCAGCGUUAUGUGGUUGCCAAUUUGCCAUGAUAUCUCUUUUAUCUGCUUCCAGCUCGUGUACCGUCUUGGUUUCAAAAUCUUGCUAUCCUGUUUACAAAAACUCCCAUGGCUUCCAAUCUUCUCAAAUUUCACAUCCAAUCAUUCAAAACUACAAAUCGUUCUACACAAUUUCUUCAACAUGAAACUCUCUCUCCACGUAUUGCUUUCCCAGAAAACCACCACCACCACCACCUUGUCCAUUGCCGUGUUUCCUUCCCCUCACCUCUCCUUUACCAAUCCAGAAGUCCCGCUCUUUCUAUCCACUCCUUAUCUUCCUCCAGCUCCCCUCCUACCUCCAAAGAAGAAGCUAUUGUUCAAGCCAAAACCUGUCUCUCAACCACCCUAGAGAAGCCCCUAAACAACCCAAAACUAGCUGGCAAACUCAAGAAACUGAAGCAACCUAGAUUCCAGGUGGAAAUCCCAGUCAUAGAUGACUCGCCAACUUCUCUCUCUCAACUUGCCUCUGAUGUUUUCAAAGACCUGCCCAUUAAGAGAAGAGGGACACCGGUCAAGAUUUUAAUCCUCUGGCCGAGUCCCACAUUGAAGAACAGAGGCAUAGAAGCAUUUCAAUCUUACAAUUCAUCAAAAAAUGUUGAGCACGUCGACGUUUCUUCAGUCAGAAACACAGACAACAGAAUUUUGAGUUCUGCCGAAGUGGCAGUGUUUCUGGGGCCAGAGACUUCACAGUUGCCUGAUAUCAAAACUGUUACUGAUAUUUUGUACCCAAAGCCAGUAGUCAUAUUCAACCCCAAAUGGGGGUUUGGAGAGGAGAACGAGUUUGGUGAUUUGAGUGGCUUUGUGGGAUCCUUUGAAGUGGUAUAUUCAUUCAUGGGGUUGGAGGUUAGAGGUAUUUUGAGCAAGCGAAAAGGAGUGAUUUUCAAGUGUGUCAGAGAUGGGGUUGUGAGUGGUGAGAAAUGGACUGUUCUUGUUGAAGAAGAAGGAGGAGAAUUGAAGGUUGUUUCAAGGUUCAAGGCACGACCAUCCAUUGGUGAAGUAGAGAAUGUUUUGUACAAUCUGAUGGCUAUCAAUUCGCCAAUUACCAAGUCUGCUAGGUUUUUCAAGGAUUUGGUGUCAAAUGUAACAGGAAGAAAGUAAAUAGAAUUUGAGAAUGUAUGCUCUGGAUUUUUGCGUCAAUGAAGUUUGGUAAUUCGCUUGAA